AUGUGGCAAGUUGCUCCCUCCGCUCCCGGGGCAGCCAAGGCGCCCGGCUACAAUCAGCAGUAUCACGACCCCGCUGCCCCGUAUUACCCGCCGACUGCGUACGGACCGGAGCCGCAGAUUGCGUACGCACCAGCACCCACUGUCCCAGGCUCCGCCGACGCUGACACAUCAAGCGAGCCCGCAAACAGCAACGGCCGUCACGGCAACGUCGAAUCAAUCGUUGUUCCACCGGAGACGUCGAGGGUGGUGCCGGCAGUAGUGUCCACCCCGAAAGUGACCACCGCACAGACGACCACUACAAGAGAAGCUACCACCUCGGAAGAGCCUGCCACUAGAGAAGAGGCUACCACCACACAAGAGCCUACCACCACGGAAAAGCCUAUUACCAUUACACAAGAGUCUACAUCCGCAGCAGUGAUGACCACUACCGAAAUGAGCACCACAACACGGAAGACUACCACCACUCUACCGACGACCACUACGGAAAAGGCUACAACCAUACCACAGACGACUGCUACCGACGCGGCAACCACCACGCCCCAGACUACAACUACAGAAAAGGCUGCCACUACACCGCAGGAGACCACUACAGAUGUGGAUACCAAUGAACCACGGACGAACACUACAGAAAAUGCUACCACUGCACAUGAGGCUACCACCGCAACACAGAUCACUACAAAGGUGUUUACUGGUACACUGCAGACGACCACUGUACACACUGAUACCGCUGCACCGCCUAUCACUACAGAAGUGACUACCACUGCACGGCAGACGACCACUGUACACAAUGUUACCACUGCAGCGGAGAUCACUACAGAAGUGGUGACUAAUUCGUCACAGACGAGCAGUACAAAAGAGGCUACCGUCACACCGCACAUCACUGCAGAAGUGGCUACCACCACACUGCAGACGACCGCUGAAGAAAAGGCUACCACUAGACCGCAGGCUACCACUGAAGAAGAGGCUACCACUACACCGCAGGCGACCACCGCAACACAGGUCACUUACGAAACGAUAAGCGAAGAAUAUGAGUACAUUACGACAGACGAGAUCAGGGAGUCGACCAGACCAGAAGUCGAAGAGAGCCUCCAGCCGGAGGCGAUCGCGGAGGCCACGGCCUCCUGCCGCAUGCUGGGACUAGGCGCCACGGGGAAGCGCUUUCCACCGUACCGCUUAAUCGCGUGA